ACAUUCCGCGAGAUGUGGAGCACUCCUGGUCUGUUUCGUCGUCUCGGUGUGCUGUGGUUGAUGUGGUUCACGGCAGCGUUCUCCUCCUACAGUAAUGAUCUCAACUCGAACACCAUCAGCGGCAAUCUGUUCGUCAACCAAAUUCUCUUCUCAAUUCUUCUUGUCACCGAUACUUGGCUACCGAAGUUCAGUCGUCGUCGUCUUCAUCACGGUGCUCAAUUUGUAGUGUGUAUUUGCUUCCUCGUUCUCAGUAUACUCACAUUGCGACAAUAUACUAUUGAAACGAAAGGCGUAAAUCUUGACGACGUCAACAUCUUGUCUGCCGAAUUCACCGAAAUGGACAACUUUUCCAGCAAGCACAAGCCAUCAGUAAAAACCGAUGAAGCCAGACGACUUGACACUUUCUCCUUGCGAUUCACCGAACGAUCUCCUCAGACAACAACUGGCAUAUCGUGGCAUCCACUUGAAAAUAGAAAAGAAAAAUGA